CCUGAGCUUUAGGGAGUCAGACUAGUUCUCUACCUGCCCAGGUUUGCUUAGGGCGUGGAGGCUGCGGAUAAAGGCAGGACUCAGGCUAAGCAGCCCCGCUGUCUCCCGGAACCUGAACCUCCGCGCAGCCUGUGGAGCACGCAGAUCCCUCCAGCCAGCUCUCCGACAUGCAAGAGGUGGCCCUGAGCCUGCUCGUCCUCCUGGCAGGCCUGCCUGUCUUGGAUGCCAACGACCCGGAAGAUAAAAACAGUCCUUUCUACUAUGACUGGUUCAGACUCCGCGUCGGCGGGCUCAUCUUCGCAGCGGUUCUGUGUGCCAUGGGCAUCGUCGUCCUCAUGAGUGGGAAAUGCAAAUGCAAGUUCAGCCGGAAGCCCUGCCACCAUCCAGGGGAUGCCCCACCUCUCAUCACUUCAGGCUCUGCCCAUAACUGUUGAGGAUGGAUCAGCUGAAAGAGCACCGAGGGUCACUCUUUCCCCAAGUCCUGGCUCUGCACAGGAGCCUAAACUCCAGGAUGGAAUUCUCAGACCACCUGGCCAGAGCUC